AUGGACGACCCACCACUCGGCCGUACCUGGUGCCCGGAACCCGAACUUCCUCUCUUCUCAUGGUUACCAGAACUUCCAGAGUUUCCUUCCUGGUUACCCACAAUCCCGAACUUGUGGGGUUGGUGGUGCGACUCCAAGGAGGAUGAACGCUCAGCACAGCUCGUGAUCGGGGGCUUCGACCCUGACCACUACACUGGGGACCUUGUCUACUCUCCGGUAGUCUCCAGCAAGGCAUGGCUCAUAGCCGUCCAAAGGGUGUUUGUCAAGGAUCAAGAGAUCAAAGGACACAUGAUGGCUUUAGUUGAUUCUGGAACGACUCUCCUGUAUCUUCCAAAGCAAAUGUUCAACAUGUUUUCCAGCAUAGGGAUGCUCGGAUCACAAGACUACUACUUUGACUGUGCCAAACUUCACAUGCUACCAACAUUGACUCUCGUCAUAAGUGAAGUUAAAAUGACCCUGGAACCUUCUGAAUAUGUGUUUAAGGUUCGACCAGGUGUCUGUGACGUGGGGAUUAAGCCGUCUGAUAGCGACAGUAUGUUCAUCCUUGGCGAUGUUUGGAUGCGCAAGUACUACACAGUGUUCGACAUGGGCAACCAUCGUGUGGGCUUUGCCAGAGCCGUCUAG